UAUUGAUCUAACAUAAAUAAGAAUAAAAAUAGACAAAAGCAAACUUUCUGGCAUUUUUUCGAAUGAAAAAUUUGCAGUGUACCAUUUGAAAGCAUAAUUUAGUGUCAUGUCUUAUUCCGCACGUUGUGGUGGUCAGUCAAGAGCUGCAAAAUAUCGCUUGGGCUUACACGGAAGAUAUAUAGGACCAGGAGCCACAGCAGAAAAUACAAAUAAUUACCGUCAACGUAUAAGUACGGAAUGGGGUGUGUUGGAGUCGGCAGGUAUAGCUACAUCAUUCUCAUCAACCAUUUAUGGUAGAUGCCCUAUAGUUUAUCCUCGUACAAUUGGACUGAUACCAAAUUACGGUGGACACAUACCAGGCUAUUUGGCUACAGUUGGAAAAACAUUUGGUGAUGCAACUGUAGAUGCAAAGAGAUCCAUGUACUAUUGCAGAUGCACAUAGUGAACAGAUUUUUCAUUCGAAAUCACUAAAUUUUAUUGUAAAUACAAAUUUAUUUAGGCAUACAUUGGAAACCAAAUUAUCAUGACAAAAUUAAAUUAAUUGAAAAAAUUAAUAAA